GAAUUGGAAUUGAAAUCGAGGAAUAUGGCUAUGUAAUCCGCUGCAUCGCAGUCGAAAAUGUGAAUAUAUCCUAAUUGCACAUUUUCCGAGCCAUUGUGCCCAACGAAUACGCGUAAUUACCAGCGGAAAAUUUCAUUUCAGUGAUUCGGAAACGAAAAAAUUCACGAAAUUUUUUAACGUUGAUUGUGUGCGGCGGCAUCGGCGCGUUCUAAAUAUAAAUAAUAAAAAAAAAAAAGAAAUCGCUUUCGGAAAAGUAUACUGCGCCCUAAUCCUACACACAGCACAAGUCCUGAAAAGCGCAAAGCCCCAUAUUCCCGGCCCAUGCCAAAGUUGCCCUGUUUUGCGGCUAAUUAUAUAGUGAGACCUGAGCAUGGAAAGAUCGCCAGCAGGCAAUGCCGCGGACGAGAAUGCCGUUGCAGUGGAACCUCCUGGCCAGGAUAGAGAGUCGUCCGAACGCCGACCACCCCGCAUCACAUUCAGCGAGAACUCCAGCUCCCUGAUCCGCUGCAUCCCCAACGAGCGCGCCACCUUCUUCGUAAAGAUCGACUGCGAUGAGAAGGAUGAGCAGGAACUGCUGCCCUUCAAAUUCGAAUGGAGCCGUGGUGAAGUUCCCAUCGAGAAUUCCGAUCGCUUCCGCAUCACGGCCACCAGCAAUGCCGUACAGCUGGCCGUGGAGCAUGUUCAGCGGGAGGACGCCGGCCACUACACGCUGUUCGCCAAGACGAAGAGCCAGGAUGUGGUGCGUCGGCACGUGGAACUCAUUGUGGAGGACAGAUCCACCGGCGACGAUCCACCAGUGUUCUUGCGACGCCUCGUCGAUCUCUCUGUAAAAGUGGGCACCCGUACACGUCUCCUCACUGAGAUCAAGAGCUCGACAGAUUUGAAGCUCACCUGGUAUCGAAAUGAUCGGCGGGUGUGUGCCAGUGAUCGUAUAACAGAGAUCAACGAGGGAACUUUCCACUACCUCGAGGUGAGUCCAGUGACCAUGGAAGAUGGCGGCCAGUGGAUGCUGAUGGCGGAGAACUAUGGCGGACGCAACUCCUGCCUGGGUACGCUAAACGUGCUGGUUCCUAAGGCGUACAAGACGCCGGAGUUUGUGGAGGAGCUGCGGGCUGUGCUCACGGAGCAGGGCACCGUUUCGCUGGAAUGCAAGGUAGUGGGUGUGCCCACGCCACAUCUGCGGUGGUUCAAGGACUCCAAAGAGAUCAAGGCCGGCGACAUCUUUGCCCUGACAGCCAAUGCCGAUGAUCCAACAAGCCUGGGCACGUAUACGUGCGAGGCGCGCAACUGCAUGGGCGUCACUUACUCCAGCUCCAAGGUGCAUGUGGUAGGACGUGGUAGCCGCGAGGGAUCUCUCAAGCCGGCGGAUAGCGUUGCUGCCAAUGCGCCGCCUCCGAUAUUCACGAACGAACUGCGCGACAUGAGCCUCCACAUCGGCGAGACUAUCAUUCUGGGCUGUCAAGUGGUGGUUCCGCCCUGGCCCAAAAGCGUUUGCUGGUACAAUACGGAAGGCCGUGUGGAGACCGCUGAGCGGUACAAGCUAAUCGAGGAUGGCCUGGGCGUUUACAUGAUCGAGGUGAAGCCUUCCGAGUCCUGCGAUGCCGGCGAAUGGAAGUGUGUGGUGACCAGCUUCGAUGGCAGUGUGGGCAUUUCAUCGUGUAACGUGGCAAUGGACAUUCCCAGGAACUAUCGCAAGCCCCGCUUCAUGGAGAGUCUUCGCGCCGUGCUCACCGAGGAGGGUCUCGUGUCCUUCGAGUGUAAAGUGGUAGGUUUUCCCACACCCUUGCUUAAAUGGUUUAAGGAUGGCCACGAAUUGAAGCCAGGCGACGUGUAUCAGCUGACGGGUACCAACUCAUUGGGCACCUAUUGCUGCAUAGCACGUAAUUGCAUGGGAGAGACCAGUAGCACCGCUGUCCUCACCGUGGAGGAUAUCCAAAACCAGCUGACCGACGAAGAGCGACUGGUGUUCACUAACCAAAACCAAAAUCAAGCCCCAAAGUUCCUUACCGGACUUAAGAGCACGGAUGCGAAGAUAAACGAACCUUUCCAGUUCAAGGUUGUGGUGAAGGCCACCCCAGAUCCCAUACUGUCCUGGUUUCGGGACGAGUUGCCCAUUGAUCCGAACGAACGAUACAAUCAUUAUCGCGGCGAAAACGAGGACUGGCUGUUGGACAUCAAGGCCGUUGAGUUUGUCGACCAGGCUGAGUGGAAGUGUGUGGCUGUCAACGAUUUUGGGACCAGCAUCACUUCCUGCUUCCUGAAGCUGCAGAUACCGCGUCACUAUAAGAAGCCCCGUUUUCUUGAAUGCCUCCGGGCGGUGCUUACCGAGGAGGGAGCCGUGAAUUUGGAGUGCAAGGUUAUCGGCGUCCCUCAACCGGCCUUGAAGUGGUACAAGGAUGGUGUGGAACUGAAGCCGGGUGAUAUACAUCGCAUCAUUUCGGGCCAGGAUGGCACCUGCUGUCUGGGCACCUACACCUGCGAGGCAAGGAAUUGUAUGGGUAUCGUCGCCAGCUCUGCCUCACUCCUGGGCUUUGAAGAUGCCCAAAGGAGUCAGCAGCAGAAGAACGAGGAACCGCGCGAGAACGAACUGCAGAGAAACUACUCGCUGUCCACCAUUCAGGAGGAGCGCACAUCCCAAAUGUAUGAAACACCCGUUGGCGACAUUACCAUCGAUGACAAGGGCGAUGUAUCCUUCUCCUUUGACGGCAAAGAGGUCUCCGUUUCACUUUACGAAACGCCCGAUCUCACUGAGGAAGAGGCCCUCAAGAUUGUGGAAAUGUAUGCUGAUCAGAUCUCGGAACAUGUGACUGAGCACAACAUUGUGGAGCUGCCGCCGCUCCGAUUUGUCAAAGAAACCUCGCAGUCGGGCAAGCUGCUGAUGGAGGCCGUGGUCAUUGACAUCUCACCCGAGUAUUUUACCGUAGAGGAGGAUAUGCGCACUGAGGCUGAUAUGGAUGACAUAUCCAUCACGGAGAUCACAGUGCACGGCUCAUCCGGCAGAGAGGGCAAAUUUGACAAGGAAACCGAGCAAUAUGUGCAGGAGUCCUUUGAGAAAAUGGAGGAGGAAUUGUCGCUAUCAGCACCAAUUCGAAAGCGGAAAAAGUCCAAGCCCACGGAGACAGAUGAAUUCUUUAGCCUGUCUAAGGCCUCAGGAUCGGGCAGCCAAGGUGAGGAGGAAACAUCGGACUUGCAGACCUUUGCCAGCGCCCAGAUGUCGGCAUCUCAAAAGGCACCUGUCGAAGCUCAAACCAGUUCGGAGAAGGACAAAGAGUCAGUGGCCCCGCCAAAGAGAAAGAAGUCGAAAAAACCGACAGACAGUGAUUCUUCGAAGACAACAGAAGACGAUGCCCGACUGCAAGACAUUUCUGGAGCCGUGGGAGAUGGACUUUUAGUGACACCAUCGUCGCACCCAAAAGCAGUUACCGAUGAAGCUGAAAUCAAUAAGAAUCUCAUGGCCCUGGUCCCCCUGGCAAAGCUGCUCAAGGUCAUUCAGAAUCAUCUAACAGCUGUCGAGAAUGAGGUCCUGGAGCAAUCCACCAUGAUGAUGACUCCGGCUGCAGCAGAUCAAAGCAUUGCCAUCAUUCGCAAUAUCAUAGAACCGAUCAAGCAAAUCGAAUCGAAACUUAGGGUCUACUCCGGGGAGUCACAGAUCGAUGCCCUUAUCCAAUCGAUGGACGAGGAUAUCCGCCGGCUGCACAUGGGCCUGCAGGUCAUUGAAAAGUGCGUGGAGAUUGACGAAACGGGAGCCACGCUCAUCCAGCGCACCAGUGUGUGCAUUAUCGACAGCGUGGCCGAUCAGAUGAAGCGAGCCCUGGAAGAGCUUAAGGUAGUCAGCAGGAAAUUUGAGUCUGAGUGCCUCCGUGCCCAAAUUGAGCUCACCGCUGAUGACAUUCAGCAGGGAUUGGAGAUCACGCAGGGCACAAUUAAGUCUCAGGCGCUUCUACAGGAAGCCCAAGAACUGGAGGCAGCCAAACACUUUUCCGAAGCUGUUGAGAAAAUGCAAGAAGUUCCGGACUCCGUAUCCUUUGCCACAAUUUCGGAGGCGAACUUGCCAAGUGAAGCGAGCGCUUUGAAAGAAAUUUGCCAGCCAGUGGCAAAGAUUCAGGAAGCACUGGAACGUGUGGAGAUGGAGUUGUCUUUGGAGGAUUCCGAGGAGCAGAUCUACAAGAAGGUGCACCAAAAAGUACUCGAGAGCAUUGUGGAGCCAAUUAAGCAGUUGCAGAGCACCCUGCAGUCCAUUGAAGACAAGACCGAAUCCCUGGCGGGUACCGAGUCAAUGGAACAGAAAAUAAACAUGGCCAUUCUUGAUAUUGUAACGCCUCCCCUUUUCGAGCUUAACAAGGGCUUGGAGGUCAUCCUCAACGAGAAAUCGGACAGCGUGGAGGGUGGCAUGCUCACAGUCAGCACCGUGGAAUCGAUGGUGCCACCUCUGCAGGAGAUUCAAAAUGGUCUGGCGCAGCUGGGCCAGGAUUUAGAGAGCGGACAGGCCUCAAUACCGAUGGAGGAUCACAGAUCCGAGCCUGGCUUGGAUGUUGCAGAUACCCAAAAACUUUUGCAGUCAUUUGCCCAGGCUGUAUUGCACUUUGAAACGAAUAUUGAAAGGAUUUCGCCCAGACUUUCAUCCAACGUUAAAAUCCGUUUACUUAAUCUGAAGGAUGAACUAUCAGCUUUAAUUAGCAGUAUUCUGGAAAAAGACAUUUCUAUUCAUCAUGUGGAUCUUCUUGAAAGACUAAAGCGUCCCGUAGAUGAGCUCAACUACUGUAUCCGGCAGACGGAGGUCAAGUCCAUGACCGGUUCUCUAGCCGAUCUUAUUGAGCCCUUGAGCAUGCUGCAGGAGAACACCCAGAAAGGCCACGGGGUGAUGCUAACAGCUCGGGAUCCCGACCAGCAAGCUCUGCACACCCUGGAGAAUAUACGCAGCAUUAUUCGAAACGCAGUCAUUGAUAUCGAGGAGCACGAGUUCAAGAUUUUGCAGCAGGAAAUACAGCAGGAUGAGGAGAAGGCUUCACAGCAGCAUGAUAAAUCUUUCAGUGCCCUUCGCAAGGUUCUUGAAACCAAGGUGUCUCUGGAGGAGGCCGUUGGCAACAUUGAAACGCUUCAGGAAACUCUGAAUAAAAUUAGCGAAAACGCAAAAGCAUCCGAAAAGGUAAAGAUAUCCGCCAAUGAAGCUCAAGUUUUCCUCUUGAGGAUCCUGCAAAUCGCCAAGGGACUGGCUACUUUUAGCGAGGCAGAGACAACUCUCGAUGUAAAUGAGGCGAAUACAACCAGAAUACUUUUCGAGUGUGGCAAAAGCUUUGCUGACUUGGCUAAAGCCCUGGACAGUCCAGCAACAACUCUGUCCGAUAAUCAAUUUUUGAAUGCUCUGAAUCAGUUUACUGACAUUGUGGAGCAGCAAAAGCCAUUAAUGGAGGAGAAGCUUUCCAUAGCAAGUCCCCUCUCAAGUCUGAUUCAUGUCCUUGAAAACCUGAAGCCCUCUAGAGCCUCAGUCGAAGACUUGUCGACUUUGGAUGACGUUUCAGUGCUUAAGUCAGCCGCAGAGUCUUUGCCCACAGAACCAGAAGUGGAACCCACCAGCGGCGAGCAACAAUUGUCCGUAGCUGUCCUGCUGUCCGACUUAAAUCAGGGGAUAACUUCGGUUCUCUCGCACUGCGAUGAUGCUGAUGUUGCCUCGUUAGCCGGCGUGGCCGCCCAGAAAGUACAAGAAGCCAUUGUCAAAAUGCAGGAACUGCAAAGUACCAUAGCUUUGGUUCAAGAAACUGCCCUUGUGGAAGCAGCACAACCUUUGUCAGAGGCUAGUCAACAAGGCACCUUCGCCGAGGCCGUAUGCAGCUUGGAGCAAUGUGUCCUUAACGUGGAGGAGUGUAUGGCCCACAGUGGCGUCGAGAGCCUUCCUGAACUUGAACUUUCGAAGCUCAAGACGCUGGCUACUCCACUCCGCGAAGUUAGGCAGUACUGCGAACAGAUUGAUAUGCAGGUGCUGGAAAAUGUAACUGAUUUAUCUACCCAGGAGGAUAUUUCUGACCUAAAGAGUGUUGGACACAAGCAAACUGUUUCGGACCAUAUUCAGGAGAUGGCUGUUGUAGAAGAGGAUGCGACGGUGGAGGUAUUCGACAUACAACAAGGUGUGGCAAGCGGCAUUAAACAGCUUGAGGCUUGUCUCGAGGUCACACAGACUGAUUCCAGCAAGGAACUCCAGAAAGUGGCCGAAAUCAUGGGGCAGCUAAAGUCAGAUUUACAGAAUAUUCAAACUGCUCUUGUCUCGGAAGGUGUUCAGCAGGAAACGGUCCUGGCCCAAGCGCAAAUAGCCCGCACUAUGUUUAAAUUAAAGGAAUCUCUGGUUCAUACUUAUGAGUCGGGAUUGGUGGACUCAUUGGAAAACGUUGAGAGUGCCUUUGAAGAUAUAUUGCUUUCUUUGCCAGUUCUAGAGACCCAGCUGGCACAGGAAAUGUUUGGAAAAAUUGCCAAGGCAUUUAAUAAUUUCAUUUUGUAUUGCGACCGCCCAGAAGCAGUUGAUCAUAAAAAGCUUUCAACUCUGAGGAAGCCUAUUGAAAAUCUACUUCAGUCUAUCGCAGCUGUAGCCGCUCACCCCACCGUUGACAUUGAUAAGUCUUCGGCGGUAAUUGUACAAUUACAGACCACCCUGAUGGCAGCUUUUCGCAGCCUAAAUGAAGUCAGCGAAAAGGUCAGCAAUGAAAUUUUGGGGGGACUCUUAAAGACGCAAAGUAGUUUAGUAACUGUAUUUGAUUUUAUUGAAAAUAAUGAUAGUACCAUUCGCGUUAUUGAACUGCUGCAAGAAAUGGAUUCCAUUACUGCGGAAUUAAAGGCUUUGUCUCAGAUUUCAGUUGAACCUACGGUGCCAAUAGAUAUAAGCGAAAUCAUUGAAAGCGUUUCGUCUGGCAAAGCCUUCCUCACCGAAAUCGAAGAGGGUCUUCAAGCUAAUAAUCCCCAGUGUCUCCUCUUGCUCGAUGAAAACACGGACGAUAUUACUCAGCUGGAGGCCAUACUUGUGCAAAUCGAGAAGGAAAUCCUUUCUCAACCCCAACUUACACAAAUAACAGCUAAACAAGUUACUCUCAUAGAUACUCUGCACCUGCAAAUAAAUAUUUUACAAGACAAGCUUAGUAAACUAAAUGUUUUCAUUGACGAGCUGCAAAAGCAACCGGAUAUUUCUUCUUCUGAGUCGGUUUUAGGUUCAGACUUUAAGACUGAAGAAAGUGCUGAAAGCCAAGAAGAUAUUGAACCAGAACCUAAGAGGGCUAAAGUUGUGGAAGCAGAAAUAGUUCCUACCACAAAAGUUUCAGAAUGUACAGAAAAUAAACAGCAAGCAGAGCAAUCUGAAGAAACGAAAGAUGCAUUUAAAAUAGAAUCCGAGGAGAUAUCGAAAUCAGAAAUCAAGGAAAUAAAUGAACAGAAGGUCAAGCAGGAAUUAUCAACAAAGGACUUAAUUAAAGAGUCAGAUUUGGAUAAUAAGAAAAUUAGUGAGGUUGAUAAGGAUUCUGCGCAAGAAAAGGACAAAGAAGAAUCAUCUAAGAUUAUUGCUCCAAAGAGUUCUCCAGAAGCAAUUUUAGAGACGUUAACCGAAAGAUUAUCAGACUUAUCCCAAGCACUUGGUAGCGACACAGAGAACGAAACAAUGAAGAUUGUUAUUGCAGAAAGUCAAGAUAUUAUCGAAAAUAUGAACGACUGCAACAAAGUGUCCAAAUCAAUAUUUAAAUUAAGAGAGCACAUAGUUCACACUUAUGAUGGAAAGGCUCCAGAGGAGCAGUCGGACAAAGAACUUGUCGAAGCAUUUAUUGAGUCUCUCUUCGAUGCCUUCCCUGAAGCAUCUCAACAAAUAAGUCAAAAUUAUGUAAAAGAAAUUAAAACCAACGUGAUUUUAACUAAAGCAGCAAUUCAGCUAAUUGACGACCAACACAUGUCUAUAAAACCAUCUUCCCUAGUGCCAAAAUUGGUUAAUCUGGAAAGUAUUUCCGAAAAAAUUCAAUUCGAUCAACAUGUCGAUAAGUCAUCUGAAAAAAUGAUCAGCUUGCAACAAAACCUUAUGGAUAUUUUCAUUAUUCUUGAUGACCUUGUAGACGAAAACAUGGGGAAUAUUAAGCAAAAAAUAGAGGAAACCAAAACCUUAUUGCUUAGUGAAUAUGACUACAUUGAGAAAGUUCAGGGGGCACUAAAUACUGCAGUCAUACAAGGAAAAGUUCAAGUUAUUACGCAGAAGAUUCUUAAUAUUUCUGAAGAAUUAAAAGAUAUUCUUGGAAAUCAAAGUCAACACAAAGACACUGUUGAUCAGGGAAUAUCAUUAGAGAAGCAAUCUUUGGAGGAACAACAACUUGAAGCUCACACUCAAAAAGCAGAUGAAAGGAAUAUCGACCAGGAAACUGAGAAGAGGGAAGUUUCUGUGACUACCGCGGAAGAGAUAUCUCAAGAGCAAAUUGAUGAAACAAAGAAGCCUGAGGUAACGGAAACUGAAUCCAAACCUGAGCAAGCUAAAGCUUUGGAGAAGCAAUCUCUUGAGGAGCAACAACUGGAAGCUAAAACGCAGGAGCCAGACGAGAAGGAUGUCGCCAAGAAGUCCGAGCAGGGAGAAGUUUCUCAGGUCACUGCCGAACAGAUUUCUGCAGAGAAGAUUGAGGAAGCCAUUAAGGCAGAGACAAAAGAAACGGCUGCUAAGGCUGAACAAGCUAAGGCUUUGGAGAAGCAAUCCCUUGAGGAGCAACCACUGGAAGCUAAAACGCAGAAGCCAGACGAGAAGGAUGUCGCCAAGAAGUCCGAGCAGGGAGAAGUUUCUAAGGUCACUGCGGAGAAGAUUUCUGAAGAGAAGAUUGAGGAGGCCACAAAGGCAGAGACAAACGAGCCGGCUGCUAAGGCUGAACAAGCUAAGGCUUUGGAGAAGCAAUCCCUUGAGGAGCAACAACUGGAAGCUAAAACGCUGAAGCCAGACGAGAAGGAUGUCGCCAAGAAGUCCGAGCAGGGAGAAGUUUCUGAGGUCAUUGCCGAACAGAUUUCUGAAGAGAAGAUUGAGGAGGCCACAAAGGCAGAGACAAAGGAAACGGCUGCUAAGGCUAAACAAGCUAAGGCUUUGGAGAAGCAAUCCCUUGAGGAGCAAAAACUGGAAGCUAAAACGCAGAAGCCAGACGAGAAGGAUGUCGCCAAGAAGUCCGAGCAGGGAGAAGUUUCUGAGGUCACUGCGGAGAAGAUUUCUGAAGAGAAGAUUGAGGAGGCCACAAAGGCAGAGACAAAGGAAACGGCUGCUAAGGCUGAACAAGCUAAGGCUUUGGAGAAGCAAGCCCUUGAGGAGCAAAAACUGGAAGCUAAAACGCAGAAGGCAGACGAGAAGGAUGUCGCCAAGAAGUCCGAGCAGGGAGAAGUUUCUGAGGUCACUGCCGAACAGAUUUCUGCAGAGAAGAUUGAGGAAGCCAUUAAGGCAGAGACAAAAGAAACGGCUGCUAAGGCUGAACAAGCUAAGGCUUUCGAGAAGCAAUCCCUUGAGGAGCAACAACUGGAAGCUAAGACGCAGAAGCCAGACGAGAAGGAUGUCGCCAAGAAGUCCGAGCAGGGAGAAGUUUCUGAGGUCACUGCGGAGAAGAUUUCUGAAGAGAAGAUUGAGGAGGCCACAAAGGCAGAGACAAAGGAAACGGCUGCUAAGGCUGAACAAGCUAAGGCUUUGGAGAAGCAAUCCCUUGAGGAGCAAAAACUGGAAGCUAAAACGCAGAAGGCAGACGAGAAGGAUGUCGCCAAGAAGUCCGAGCAGGGAGAAGUUUCUGAGGUCACUGCCGAACAGAUUUCUGAAGAGAAGAUUGAGGAGGCCACAAAGGCAGAGACAAAGGAAACGGCUGCUAAGGCUGAACAAGCAAAGGCUUUGGAGAAGCAAGCCCUUGAGGAGCAACAACUGGAAGCUAAAACGCUGAAGCCAGACGAGAAGGAUGUCGCCAAGAAGUCCGAGCAGGGAGAAGUUUCUGAGGUCACUGCGGAGAAGAUUUCUGAAGAGAAGAUUGAGGAGGCCACAAAGGCAGAGACAAAGGAAACGGCUGCUAAGGCUGAACAAGCUAAGGCUUUGGAAAAGCAAACCCUUGAGGAGCAACAACUGGAAGCUAAAACGCAGAAGCCAGACGAGAAGGAUGUCGCCAAGAAGUCCGAGCAGGGAGAAGUUUCUGAGGUCACUGCGGAAAAGAUUUCUGAAGAGAAGAUUGAGGAGGCCACAAAGGCAGAGACAAAAGAAACGGAUGCUAAGGCUGAACAAGCUAAGGCUUUGGAAAAGCAAACCCUUGAGGAGCAACAACUGGAAGCUAAAACGCAGAAGCCAGAUGAGAAGGAUGUCGCCAAGAAGUCCGAGCAGGGAGAAGUUUCUGAGGUCACUGCGGAGAAGAUUUCUGAAGAGAAGAUUGAGGAGGCCAUAAAGGCAGAGACAAAAGAAACGGAUGCUAAGGCUGAACAAGCUAAGGCUUUGGAAAAGCAAACCCUUGAGGAGCAAAAACUGGAAGCUAAAACGCAGAAGCCAGACGAGAAGGAUGUCGCCAAGAAGUCCGAGCAGGGAGAAGUUUCUGAGGUCACUGCGGAAAAGAUUUCUGAAGAGAAGAUUGAGGAGGCCAUAAAGGCAGAGACAAAAGAAACGGAUGCUAAGGCCGAACAAGCUAAGGCUUUGGAAAAGCAAACCCUUGAGGAGCAACAACUGGAAGCUAAAACGCAGAAGCCAGAUGAGAAGGAUGUCGCCAAGAAGUCCGAGCAGGGAGAAGUUUCUGAGGUCACUGCGGAGAAGAUUUCUGAAGAGAAGAUUGAGGAGGCCACAAAGGCAGAGACAAAAGAAACGGAUGCUAAGGCUGAACAAGCUAAGGCUUUGGAAAAGCAAACCCUUGAGGAGCAAAAACUGGAAGCUAAAACGCAGAAGCCAGACGAGAAGGAUGUCGCCAAGAAGUCCGAGCAGGGAGAAGUUUCUGAGGUCACUGCGGAAAAGAUUUCUGAAGAGAAGAUUGAGGAGGCCACAAAGGCAGAGACAAAAGAAACGGAUGCUAAGGCUGAACAAGCUAAGGCUUUGGAAAAGCAAACCCUUGAGGAGCAAAAACUGGAAGCUAAAACGCAGAAGCCAGACGAGAAGGAUGUCGCCAAGAAGUCCGAGCAGGGAGAAGUUUCUGAGGUCACUGCGGAAAAGAUUUCUGAAGAGAAGAUUGAGGAGGCCAUAAAGGCAGAGGCGAAAGAAACGGCUGCUAAGGCUGAACAAGCUAAGGCUUUGGAGAAGCAAUCCCUUGAGGAGCAACAACUGGAAGCUAAAACGCAGAAGCCAGACGAGAAGGAUGUCGCCAAGAAGUCCGAGCAGGGAGAAGUUUCUGAGGUCACUGCCGAUCAGGUUUCUGAAGAGAAGAUUGAGGAGGAUCAAGAACCAUCCCAAGAAGAUUUGGUUAAGAUUUUGAAACACGUUUUCGCUGAGUUGGCCGCUGCGAUAAACAGCGGCAGUAAAAAGAACGACCUAAACUUGAUUGUAGCUGAUUGUCGAGAUAUUAUUAAUAAUCUUAAAGAUAUAGAUGAGGUCUCCAAUUUUAUAUUUAAAUUGAAAGGUCAUAUAGUGCACACGUAUGAUGAAAAGUCAAGCGAAGAUAAAAAGUACAAAGAGCUUUUCGAGUCUUUCAUGGAAUCCCUUUUAGAGGCAUGCCCAGCCGCGGCUGAAAGAGUAAUGCAAAACUAUGUUAAAGAAAUUAAAACGAAUGUGAUUUUAACCAAAGCCGCAAUUCAACUUAUUGAUGACAGCAACAUGUUUACCAAGCCAUCUUUACUGGUCCCUAAACUGGGUAACCUGGAGAAAAUUUCAGUUAAAAUUCAGGCCGAGCGACACGUUGACAAAUCAUCGGAGAGAAUGAUAAGUUUGCAACAGAAUUUAAUGGAUAUUUUCGUCAUUCUUGACGAUCUCUUAGACGAAAAGACUGCAAUAUUGAAACCACAAAUUGAAGCAAUCAAGACAAUAGUGCUAAAUGAAUACGACUAUAUUGAGAAGAGCCAGAGCCAACUGCAUACUGUGGUGAUCAAUGGCAAAAUUAAAACUGUAACGCACAAGAUUCUUGAUAUUUGCGAAGACUUAAAUAACCUAAUUGGAAGCUCGAAUCAAAACAAGGUGAAAGCUGAUUUAGAGGCGGUUGAUCUUGAUACGUCUUUGGAAAAACAAACUAUCGAAGAACAAAAAUUGGAAGCUGAGAAACAAAAACAUGCUGAGCAAGAUGUUAAGAAGAAAUCCGAAAAGGCAGAAGUUUCUGAGGUUCCUGCAGAAAAGAUUUCUGAAGAAAAGCUUGAAGAAGCCAAAAAGGCUGAGGUAAAGGAUGCUGAAUCUAAGGCAAAGAAAGCAAAGGCUUUGGAGAAACAAACUCUCGAAGAACAGAAAUUGGAAGCUGAGAAACAAAAACAAGCUGAGCAAGAUAUUAAGAAGAAGUCCGAAAAGGCAGAAGUUUCUGAGAUUCCUGCAGACAAGAUAUCCGAAGAAAAGGUUGAAGAAGCCAAGAAGCCUGAGGUAAAGGAUGCUGAAUCUAAGGCAAAGAAAGCAAAGGCUUUGGAGAAACAAACUCUCGAAGAACAGAAAUUGGAAGCUGAGAAACAAAAACAAGCUGAGCAAGAUAUUAAGAAGAAGUCCGAAAAGGCAGAAGUUUCUGAGAUUCCUGCAGACAAGAUAUCCGAAGAAAAGGUUGAAGAAGCCAAGAAGCCUGAGGUAAAGGAUGCUGAAUCUAAGGCAAAGAAAGCAAAGGCUUUGGAAAAACAAACUCUCGAAGAACAGAAAUUGGAAGCUGAGAAACAAAAACAAGCUGAGCAGGAUAUCAAGAAGAAGUUAGAAAAGGCAGAAGUUUCUGAGGUUCCUGCGGAAAAUAUAUCCGAAGAAAAGGUUGAAGAAGCCAAGAAGCCUGAGGUAAAGGAUGCUGAAUCUAAGGCAAAAAAAGCAAAGGCUUUGGAGAAACAAACUCUUGAAGAACAAAAAUUGGAAGCUGAGAAACAAAAACAUGCUGAGCAAGAUGUCAAGAAGAAAUCCGAAAAGGCAGAAGUUUCUGAGGUUCCAGCAGAAAAGAUAUCCGAAGAACAGGUUGAAGAAGCCAAGAAGCCUGAGGUGAAGGAUGCUGAAUCUAAGGCAAAGAAAGCAAAGGCUUUGGAAAAACAAACUCUCGAAGAACAGAAAUUGGAAGCUGAGAAACAAAAACAAGCUGAGCAGGAUAUCAAGAAGAAAUCCGAAAAGGCAGAAGUUUCUGAGGUUCCUGCAGAAACAAAAUCCGAAGAAAAGGUUGAAGAAGCCAAGAAGCCUGAGGUAAAGGAUGCUGAAUCUAAGGCAAAAAAAGCAAAGGCUUUGGAGAAACAAACUCUUGAAGAACAAAAAUUGGAAGCUGAGAAACAAAAACAUGCUGAACAAGAUGUCAAGAAGAAAUCAGAGAAGGGAGAAGUUUCUGAGGUUCCUGCAGAAAAGAUUUCCGAAGAAAAGGUUGAAGAAGCCAAGAAGCCUGAGGUAAAGGAUGCUGAAUCUAAGGCAAAGAAAGCAAAGGCUUUGGAAAAACAAACUCUCGAAGAACAAAAAUUGGAAGCUGAGAAACAAAAACAAGCUGAGCAGGAUGUCAAGAAGAAGCCAGAGAAGGGAGAAGUUGCUGAGGUUACUGCAGAAAAGAUAUCCGAAGAAAAGGUUGAAGAAGCCAAGAAGCCUGAGGUGAAGGAUGCUGAAUCUAAGGCAAAGAAAGCAAAGGCUUUGGAGAAACAAACUCUCGAAGAACAGAAAUUGGAAGCUGAGAAACAAAAACAAGCUGAGCAAGAUAUUAAGAAGAAGUCCGAAAAGGCAGAAGUUUCUGAGAUUCCUGCAGAAAAGAUAUCCGAAGAACAGGUUGAAGAAGCCAAGAAGCCUGAGGUAAAGGAUGCUGAAUCUAAGGCAAAGAAAGCAAAGGCUUUGGAGAAACAAACUCUCGAAGAACAGAAAUUGGAAGCUGAGAAACAAAAACAAGCUGAGCAAGAUAUUAAGAAGAAAUCCGAAAAGGGAGAAGUUUCUGAGGUUCCUGCAGAAAAGAUAUCCGAAGAAAAGGUUGAAGAAGCCAAGAAGCCUGAGGUGAAGGAUGCUGAAUCUAAGGCAAAGAAAGCAAAGGCUUUGGAGAAACAAACUCUUGAAGAACAGAAAUUGGAAGCUGAGAAACAAAAACAAGCUGAGCAAGAUGUCAAGAAGAAAUCCGAAAAGGCAGAAGUUUCUGAGGUUCCAGCAGAAAAGAUAUCCGAAGAACAGGUUGAAGAAGCCAAGAAGCCUGAGGUGAAGGAUGCUGAAUCUAAGGCAAAGAAAGCAAAGGCUUUGGAAAAACAAACUCUCGAAGAACAGAAAUUGGAAGCUGAGAAACAAAAACAAGCUGAGCAGGAUAUCAAGAAGAAAUCCGAAAAGGCAGAAGUUUCUGAGGUUCCUGCAGAAACAAAAUCCGAAGAAAAGGUUGAAGAAGCCAAGAAGCCUGAGGUAAAGGAUGCUGAAUCUAAGGCAAAGAAAGCAAAGGCUUUGGAGAAACAAACUCUCGAAGAACAGAAAUUGGAAGCUGAGAAACAAAAACAAGCUGAGCAGGAUAUCAAGAAGAAGUUAGAAAAGGCAGAAGUUUCUGAGGUUCCUGCGGAAAAUAUAUCCGAAGAAAAGGUUGAAGAAGCCAAGAAGCCUGAGGUAAAGGAUGCUGAAUCUAAGGCAAAGAAAGCAAAGGCUUUGGAGAAACAAACUCUUGAAGAACAGAAAUUGGAAGCUGAGAAACAAAAACAUGCUGAGCAAGAUGUCAAGAAGAAAUCCGAAAAGGCAGAAGUUUCUGAGGUUCCAGCAGAAAAGAUAUCCGAAGAACAGGUUGAAGAAGCCAAGAAGCCUGAGGUGAAGGAUGCUGAAUCUAAGGCAAAGAAAGCAAAGGCUUUGGAAAAACAAACUCUCGAAGAACAGAAAUUGGAAGCUGAGAAACAAAAACAAGCUGAGCAGGAUAUCAAGAAGAAAUCCGAAAAGGCAGAAGUUUCUGAGGUUCCUGCAGAAACAAAAUCCGAAGAAAAGGUUGAAGAAGCCAAGAAGCCUGAGGUAAAGGAUGCUGAAUCUAAGGCAAAGAAAGCAAAGGCUUUGGAGAAACAAACUCUUGAAGAACAGAAAUUGGAAGCUGAGAAACAAAAACAUGCUGAGCAAGAUGUCAAGAAGAAAUCCGAAAAGGCAGAAGUUUCUGAGGUUCCAGCAGAAAAGAUAUCCGAAGAACAGGUUGAAGAAGCCAAGAAGCCUGAGGUGAAGGAUGCUGAAUCUAAGGCAAAGAAAGCAAAGGCUUUGGAAAAACAAACUCUCGAAGAACAGAAAUUGGAAGCUGAGAAACAAAAACAAGCUGAGCAAGAUAUUAAGAAGAAGUCCGAAAAGGCAGAAGUUUCUGAGAUUCCUGCAGAAAAGAUAUCCGAAGAAAAGGUUGAAGAAGCCAAGAAGCCUGAGGUACAGGAUGCUGAAUCUAAGGCAAAGAAAGCAAAGGCUUUGGAGAAACAAACUCUCGAAGAACAGAAAUUGGAAGCUGAGAAACAAAAACAUGCUGAGCAAGAUGUCAAGAAGAAAUCCGAAAAGGCAGAAGUUUCUGAGGUUCCAGCAGAAAAGAUAUCCGAAGAACAGGUUGAAGAAGCCAAGAAGCCUGAGGUGAAGGAUGCUGAAUCUAAGGCAAAGAAAGCAAAGGCUUUGGAGAAACAAACUCUCGAAGAACAGAAAUUGGAAGCUGAGAAACAAAAACAAGCUGAGCAAGAUAUUAAGAAGAAGUCCGAAAAGGCAGAAGUUUCUGAGAUUCCUGCAGAAAAGAUAUCCGAAGAACAGGUUGAAGAAGCCAAGAAGCCUGAGGUAAAGGAUGCUGAAUCUAAGGCAAAGAAAGCAAAGGCUUUGGAAAAACAAACUCUCGAAGAACAGAAAUUGGAAGCUGAGAAACAAAAACAAGCUGAGCAGGAUAUCAAGAAGAAGUCCGAAAAGGGAGAUGUUUCUGAGGUUGCUGCAGAAAAGAUAUCCGAAGAAAGGAUUGAAGAAGCCGAGAAACUUGUAAGUGAAGAAAGAGAACAGAAAGCAGGGUCUGUGAAACAGGCAGAAAAGGACGUAAAGAGAAAGUCAAAGAAGGGGACUGAAGAUAAAUCGGAACAAGAGAAGCCUGUGGAUAAACCAUCACCGGAAAAACAGCCAUUGAAAGCCAAGUCCAAAAACCGUGCUGAUAAGGAUGAAUUGGCAAAGGCGGAGGAUUUGGUUUCUUCUCGUAUCCAUGAAGAACCAUCAACUACGGCUGUCACUGUAACUGACAAGAAAGCAAAGGCCUUGAAAGAUGAAAGCGAACAACCAGAAUUCGUUAAUGAAAAGAAGCCUGCAGAGACAAAACCAAUCGACGGAGAGCCGACCGUUAAGAAACCCCAAUUGCCAACCAAAGAAACCGAAGAUGAAUUCGUUAUGAAGCAACCCGAACAGAGAAUUCAGAGAUCUGAACACUUGGCUGAUUCGGUUAUCCUGCAGACAUACAAAUCCAUGGAUUCGGAGUACAAGAACCGAAAGGAGUCGCGCAGUGCCAAGCGCAAGCCCACAGUGGACAUUCAAUUAACCAACCGGAACACGGCCUCGGGUAGCGACCUCAAGCUGACAUGCGGUCUAUCGGGUCACGAUAUGAACGUGCAAUGGUUCAAGCAGAACAGCCACAGUCCCAUCGAGAACGAUGCCAAGUACAGGAGAACAUUGAACGACGGACUAUCAUGCCUUGAAAUUAAAUCGGCCGAAGUGAGUGACUCUGGCAUUUAUCGCUGCAUAGCGUCCAAUCAAAAUGGAGAAGUCGAAACUAGCUGUCUUGUGACUAUAUACGAAGCACCUUCAAGCAAAUUUGGCACUCCUCCAAUAUUUACACGCAACAUUCGAGAGUACUACCAUUUGCGCGAUGACGAGCUGACCAUCGAGUGCCACGUUCACGGCGUUCCCCGUCCCGUGAUCACCUGGUGGCGCGGCGCCUUCCAGGUGAAGGCCAGCUACAAGUUCACGAUCCUGGAGGAGGCUCACGGUGUGUGCAAGCUGCUGAUCUACAAGCCAGGCAACAAGGAUGGCGGUAUAUACACGCUCAAGGCCUUUAAUUCCAGUGGAGAGGCUCAGAUCAAUCACACCGUGGAGGUGGCCAAGAAUCUGCACUACCAUGUGCCCGGCAUCUUCCAUGCCCGCGACAAGAUCCAGCUAGACAGCUUGAAGCAGGCCAAGAAGGCUAUGGAGGCGGCCCUUAAAUCGAAGGCCGAGUCCGACCAGAAGCGAGCAGAUGCCGAGGCCGAGCAGCAGCGGCUGCGUCCAGUCCGGGCUUCUCCAGAGCCCUUAGUGCCGGCCAAGCAGAAGCUCUCGUUUGCCACCCAGCUGCGUGAUCGCAUGGCGCUCGAGGGAUCCACCAUUAAGUUUGUGGCAACGGUAAUUGGACCCCAGCCCAACACACGCUGGAUGAAGGACGACAAGUGGGUGGUGGUGGGCGGCAACAUCAAGAAUUUGUCGGAGGAGGGCAAGGCCAUACUUGAGAUCGCCGACGUCACCCCUGCCGACUCGGGCGUCUACAAGUGUGUGGCUAAGAACGAUCUUAGCGAGAUCGAGACCUCCUGCUACUUUAAGGUUUACACGGCGCAGGCGGAUGGCGACGAAUCGGAGCCCAUAUUCGCCCUGCCACUGCGAGAUGUGUACCAUGCCUCGCAAAAUGAUCUGAUUCUCGACACGAAGGUGCGCGGCAAUCCCCGGCCGGUGAUCUCGUGGACCAAGGACCAGAUACCCAUCGUGCUCGACGAUCGUGUGGUGCAGAUCGAGCACUUGGAUGGCAUCUGCGAGCUGAUCAUCAACAAGCCGACGAUCAAUGACAACGGAAUCUAUGUUUGCACCGCCAAGAGCAAGCUGGGCACUCAGUCGACCACCCACACGGUUGUGGUCGACACCACCCAUACCUCGAGGCGAUCGAGCAUUCUGUCUGCUAUUGCCAUGCAGGAAGGAGGUGAGCCAGCUGAGGGCGGCGGCGGCAGUGGCGGCAAGGCCAAGGCCAGGAGGAAGAAGAAGGACGACGACGCUGAGGGCGGCGGUGGUGACGGUGAGGGUGGCUAUGAGCGCCGCAGCCGUAUGCCGGAUCCCUCGCCCAAGCAAAUGCUGUACUUCACGGUCAAUCUGUCCAAUCGGUAUGUGGCCGAGGGCUCCAAGGUCAAGUUACAGGCCGUGAUCGGUGGCCCGGAGCCCAUUAUCAAGUGGCAAAAGGAUGACCAGAAUGUCACCUAUGGACCACGCAUCCGUAACAUGAAUCGUGACAGCUUGGCGGUGCUGGAGUUCGUUAAUGCCCAGGCGGAGGACUCGGGCACUUACUCCAUUAUUGCCCAGAACGAGUUCUGCAAGAUCACCACCUCGGCCCUGCUGCAUGUGUACCAGCCAAAGGUCAACACGGAUGUGCAGCCCGUCUUUAUACGCUCUCUGAAAGAAACCUAUCAUCUUAACACCAACGAGUUGAUCCUGGAGACAGCCGUGCGUGGCCAGCCAACGCCCGAGGUUCAGUGGUUCAAGGACAGCGUGGAGAUCCAGAGCGGUGGUCGUUACCAGCUCAUCGAGCAUCAAGAUGGAACCUGUGAGCUCAUCAUCGAUCGGCCGGACAACAAGGACUCUGGCAAAUAUGUGCUCAAGGCCGAGAGCCGCGCCGGCAAGAUGGAGAUCUCCCACUAUGUGCUCUUCGAGGGCAAGGCCCAUCACAUUGCGGACAACAUCCAUGGCGUCUUCCAUGCGGACAAGAGCCUGCUGCGCCCCAAGGAGGUGGAGAAGCCCGUUGAGAAGAAGCCAGCGGCUGCCGCAGCUCCUGAGGCCGAAUCGGAAGCUGAGGAGGGAGGAAAGGGCAAGCGACGUCCUAAGAAGGACGACGAAGCGGAUUCAUCCUCCGCCUACGCCACCGACUAUGCCUCUGAUACGGCCAGUUUGUCCAGCAAGCGUCGCGAGAAGAACAUCGCCAUCCACUUCAGCACCUCGAUGAGGGAUCGUGUCGUGGCCGAGGGAUCCAAGGUGAAGAUUUCGUGCUUCCUGGACGCCAAGGAGCCGCAGGUCAAAUGGUUCAAGGACGGCGAGCAGAUCCAAAACAGUCCCAAGAUCAGGGGCCGCUACAGCGAGGGUCUGUGCCUGCUGGAGAUCAUGAGCGCUACGGCCGAGGACAAUGGCGAGUACAAGUGCUGGGGUCGCGACGAGACAGGCGAGGCCUCCACCUCGUGUCGCCUGGAAGUAUACGAGGAUCCGGGCACCGGUGAUGUGCCACCCACCUUUACGCGCAACAUCAAGGAUACGCUGCACGGCAAGAUCAACGAGUUGCAGCUGGAUGUCCAUGUGCGUGGUCUGCCCACACCCUCGGUUACGUGGGUGAAGGACGGCGUGAAGGUGGAGAAUAGCGACAAGUACCAGCAGGUGGACCACGAUGACGGCACCUGCGAGCUGUUCAUCAGCAACCCGAAGCCCUCGGACAGCGGCAAGUACGUGUGCCAGGCCGAGAAUCGUGAGGGCAAGACGGAAAUCGUCCACGUUAUAACUGUGGAGCCGCGAGUUCGGGUACCGCGCCACUCUCCGCCCAGGGAGGGCAGGCCACCGCGUCCGGCUGGAGGCGAUGAGGAGGCACCGGCAGCCGGUGAAGAAGGCGCCGCCGCGGAGGGCGAAGGCGGCGAGGGCGGAGAGGGUGCUGCUGCCGGUGGCGAGAAGCGUCGCCGGAAGCCUAAGCCCGACGAGGAGGAGCAGGGCAGUUCCAGGCGUGAGGUGCCACCACCACCGGAUCUAAGGAAGCGCCUAUACUUCAGGAACUUCCUUUCAAACCGCACGGUCAAGUCGGGCAGCAAUGUCAAGUGGAUGGUCAACAUUGAUGGACCGGAGCCAACGGCCAAGUGGUUCCAUGGCGACCAGCCGAUAGCCUUUGGUCCCAAGAGCAAGAUGUCCAUGCAGGAUGGCAUCGCCUGGCUGAAUCUUGUGGGGGUAACGGAGGAGGAGGCCGGCGAGUAUACGUUGCGGGUGAGGGGUUCGGAGAACGAAAUCGUGAGCACUUGCAACCUGUUUGUGUACAGCACGGGCAAGCCGGAGGUUAUUUCGCCCACCUUUGUAGUGGGCAUUAAAGACACAUAUUCUCUCAACGAGAAUGAGUUGGUUCUGGAUUGCCGCGUACGUGGCCAGCCCCGUCCCGAGAUCGAGUGGAUGAAGGGCAACGAGAUCAUCUCCAACGAUGAGAAGUACAAACUAACCGACCAGGCCGAUGGCUAUGCCAAGCUGGUGAUCAACAAUCCCACGGAGAAGGACUCGGGCAUCUACUCGUGCGUGGCCCGCAACGAGGGAGCCGAGAACAAGAUCUCCCAUCAGGUGGACUUCAAGGGCCGCCAGCACUACUCGCUGGAGAAGACGCACGGCUUCUUCCAUCGCGAUCCGAAUAAGCCGCACUUCCUGCUGCCCCUGGGCAACCAGACGGUCUGCAAGGGAGGCACCGUGGCCAUUUCGGCGGAAUUCAUGCAGACCAGCACGCCCAUUGAGGUGAAAUGGUACCGCGAUCGCCAGGCGGUGGAUGGACCCAAUGUCAAGACCCUGGCUGAUCGUGGCGUCUACACACUGACUAUAAUGAAUGCCUUGCCUGAGAUCGAGGGCACCUACACGUGCCGGGCCUCGAACGCUUUUGGUCGCAUCGAGUCGCAUGCCAACAUAGAUGUCUCCAUGGCCGAGACCAAGGACGAGCGUCCGCCGCUGUUCCUUUCGCGACCGGACACUGAGAUGAAGAUCGCCGUGGGUGAUCCGUUCUCUUUAUCUUUCCGCAUUGGCGGGGAUCCGAAACCGAAGCUCACAUUCAUGAAGGGCACCAAGGACAUCACUCAGUCGGACCGGGUCAGCAAAGAGGUGUCGGAUGACUACACCAGAUUCACAGUGCAGCAAGCCCAGAUCUCCGACUCUGGCACCUACUUUGUGGUGGCCCGCAACAACUUUGGCACUGACAGGAUAUUCGUCACUGUAACGGUAAACCCGCGCGCUCGCUCCGCCACGCCAUCGCAACCACGCUGGGGCCUUCCCCUGGAUAGUUACAGCGACACUUCGUACUUCAGAGAUCCCCCGGGUUGCAUUUCCACGGAGCCCCUGGUCGUUGACUCCGGACCCACGCACAUCUCGCUGUCGUGGGGCAAGCCGGUUAGUGCCAACUCUGCCCCGGUGAUUGCCUACAAGGUGGAGGCCUGGGUGGUGGGCCAUGAGGGCGGUGCCUACUGGCGAGAGCUGGGCCUUACGCCCAUCAACUCGUUCGAUGCCUUCAACCUGAAGCCCAACCUGGAGUAUCACUUCCGGGUGACGCCCAAAAACCGCUAUGGCUGGGGACCCACGGUCCAGACCAGCUCUGCUUUGCAAGUGGGCGGCGUCGAGUGUCUGCCCGAGUUCGUCAAAAUCCUGCCGGGUCAGGCGAAGGCUCUGCUGGGCUCAUCCUUCACCCUGCAGUGCAAUAUGCGCGGAGCGCCUCGGCCGCAGGUCACCUGGUUCAAGGAUGGCAUUCAGCUGAGCAGCAGCUCGGAGCGGGUUAAGAUCCGUCAGAUCGGUUCCACCUGUGCUCUGACUAUUGCCACCGUCAGCGAGCUGGAUUCGGGUCGCUACACCUGCGAGGCAACCAACUCCAAGGGCAGGGUCUCCACGUUUGCCCGCCUCCAAGUCGUGGCCGAUUCGAGGAUCUACGAGGCUGAUUCGCGUCUAAAGGAGAUCGCUCAUGGACGUAACGUGGCCGAUGUGGGCGACUCUCUACCCAUUUUCACCAUGCGCCUGCGCGAUCGUCGUGUCCAGUUCACCUAUCCGGUGCGUCUUACCUGCCAGAUCGUUGGUUAUCCCGUGCCCGAGAUCCUGUGGUACAAGGACGAUCAGCUCAUCCAUGCCGAUAGGAAGCAUCUCAUCAGCUCCGAGGGACAGUUCUUCACGCUGGAGAUAGCGGCCACAACGCUGGACGACAGCGGCACCUACACCUGCCUGGCCAAGAAUGAACUGGGCUCGGUGUCCUGUCACUGCACCCUGGUGGUGGACAAGGGCAUUCGGGCUUAUAUCUCGCCGGACUUUUAUGUACCCUUGGAUCCCUUCUACAUAUUCCGCGAGGGCUCUGAGAUACGUCUCUCCACGAAAGUGGAGGCCUAUCCUGCCGUGGGCGUCACCUGGCAUCGGAAUGGCAUGCGCCUGAGGCCGAGCCGUCGCCUGACAGCCACUUUGGACUCGAAUGGCUAUGUGGAACUAAUCAUUGCCGAGGCCACCUUACGAGAUGCGGGAAUCUAUGUGUGUGUUGCCUCCAACGUGGUCGGCAAGGUGGAAACUAUCUGCCGGGUGGCCAUCGAGGAGGAGCUGAACAAGAUAGCAACGCCGCAACGAUCCCUGGAUAUUCCCAUCAUCAAGACUGACGACCUGCCGUACUCCAAGGAGCCCCUGUUUGUGGUCAAGCCCCGUUCCAGCGAAGCCUACGAGGGUGACAACGUCAUCAUAUUCUGCGAGGUGGUUGGCGAUCCCAAGCCCGAAGUCGUUUGGCUGCGCGAUUUUCUGAAUCCGGAGUAUUACAAGGACGCCCCCCACUUCCGGCGCAUCGGAGACGGACCCGAGUACAGGCUGGAGAUACCCAGCGCCAAGUUGGACUUCACCGGCACCUACUCAGUAAUAGCCAGCAACUGUCAUGGCGAAGCCAAGGCUGUAAUAUCCCUACAAAUAUUCGCCAAAGACAUACUUAAAGAUAGCCGCAUGGACAAAGUGCACACACGACAUGGCAACAUCGAGACUCUUCCCCGCUUCGUCCGCAACUUGCGAAACCUGCGCUGUUGCGAUGGGGAUGCGAUAUCGCUGGAAUGCCAUGUGGAGGCCGAUCCAGAACCGUUUAUCAUUUGGGAAAAGGACGGACGAGUGGUUCCCGCUGACCGCGACUACGUGAUGUCCUUUGAUGGCACCAAGGCCACGCUGAGCAUUCCACGCGUGUACCCCGAGGACGAGGGCGAGUAUACUUGUGUGGCCAAGAACUCGGUUGGUCGCAGUCUCUCCUCUGCCUGCAUAAUUGUCGAUGUGCCCGAGGAGAAGGAGAACAUGCUCAGUCGCCAGUUGACACGGCCCAGUGGCCUGCUCUCCGCCCACUCCACGCCACGCUCCACGCCGCGUUCGACGCCAGCAAGGAGCUUCUCACCCAUGCGUCUCUCCUCCUAUCGCACCACAAGCAGCAUCGAUCUUUCCGCGGUGGCCGAGCGAAGGCGUAGCGAUGCCCGCAAUGCCAUAACGGCACCCAAGUUCCUUGCCAUUCCCUACAAUCGAGUCGUCGAGGAGGGCGACAGUGUGCGCUUCCAGUGCGCCAUCGCGGGCCAUCCCACACCCUGGGCCACCUGGGACAAGGAUGGUCUGAUUGUCACGCCCACGCCCAGAAUCGCUGUAAAGGAAAUCGAUGAUCUUCGGAUCAUAGAGAUCGAUGAGGUGUCCUUUGAUGAUGCGGGCCUGUACCGCGUGACUCUCGAGAAUGAUUUUGGAAGGAUUGAGGCUACUGCCCGCCUGGAUGUGAUACGCAGCUCCCGCUACUCCAAGUCUCCAUCUGUGCGCAGUGUACGCGCCUCCUCCUCCCGCCUUUACAGGCGUAUCAUGGGUCCAUCCACAGCAAUUGGCGGACGCAUGGCCUUGGCUAGCGGCUAUCGAGGCUCUUCGGUGCCUUCGGUGAGGUUCUAUCGCAACAACGUGGAGCUGGAGCCAUCAGAGCGAGUGCACAUCCUGCUGCAGGAGGAGGACUCAAUGGCCCUGCUCAUUGUGGAUACUGUUACGCGCGAGGACGAGGGAGUAUAUACCUGCAUCAUAAGCGGCAGCAAUCACGAUCCCCUGAUCAGCUCCACCACAGUCCGUUUCUAUGAUACGGAGAAUGAGAUUCCCACCAGACGCGGAGCCGUCAUCACGGAACCACUGCCCGAGAUAACCAAAUCGCUGGAGGGAGAGGUGAUUGAUCUGUGCUGCGGCAUCGAUUGCCAAGAGCCCUAUAGCUACGUUUGGCUGCGCAAUGGGGAAGUACUACCGGACAGCGAUGAAUUCAAUUACAUUGAUCAUGGCAAUGGACGCCUGUGCCUGCGCAUCAACGAUGCCUUCGACAUUGACUCCGGCAUAUACAGCUGUCAGGUGUUUACCAACGACUCAGACUCCAACUCCGAACCCGAUUGCACUAGCAGCGGCGAGCUGUGCGUCUUGGAGCGAGAUCUGACCCAGGCAGAUGAGCAGCGCGUGCAGCUGCUAAAGACUCCCCUCCCAGUGGUAUGUGGCUUGGGCGAGGAAGCCCUGUUCUAUGCCCGUGUCUUUCCCUGCGAAGCGGAAGCCGAAUGGUAUCUAAAUGGCCAACUAAUAGCCGAGGAGGAUGACUCACUUAACAUGACGUUGGAGUCUUAUCCAGAGAACGGCAUUCGGCUGCUGCGCAUGCGAGACGUGACCACUUCGAGGAGCGGCGAGAUCUGUCUGCAGGUGAAGCAUCCCCUGGCAGACUCACGGCGUAUACCCGCCACCCGUACUUAUACGAGCCUUCUGGUUCUGCCCGCCGUCAGGGGCAACAGCAGUGCCUCCUCCUCGCUGGCGGGACGCAAUAGCUGCAUUUUAACACGCCCCGAGGAUUGCACCGCCCUCAUUGGCGGACAUGUCCGGCUGAGCGUGCGCUACGAGCCAUUCCCGGGCACCACGGUCAUCUGGUACAAGGCGUGCCACCCCAUCAUAGAGAGCUCCAAUGUGACAAUACGGACAACCAGCCAGCAGUCGACCCUCUACAUCACGGACAUCUCAGCGGAUGACAGCGGCAAAUACACGGUGGAAGUGAUGAACGACUAUGGCGUGGAGGCUGCUGCCGCCUCGGUGGCAGUGGAGGGACCACCAGAACCGCCCAGUGGUCAGCCCAGUGUCUCCCUAGGCCCAGAUCGCGUGGCAGUGGCCUGGUGUGGGCCACCCUACGAUGGCGGCUGCAUGAUCACAGGCUUUAUCAUUGAGAUGCAGACCUGCGAGGGCGAGGACUGUGAUACGGACAACUGGCAACAGGUGACCCGAGUGGUGGACACGCUGGCCUACACCAUCAAGAACCUACAGCCACAGAUGCAUUAUAGAUUCCGCGUGAGAGCCGAGAAUAUCCAUGGACGCAGUGAACCCGGCCAGGCCAGCGAACUGGUGCAGAUCACUAGCAGAUUGCAGAGGAGUCCCUCAGAUCAUUAUGGCCAGACAGUGAGUGUCCAGGCUGGCGGAGACUUCAAAGCCCGCUUUGAAAUCAUCGAGGAGCUGGGCAAAGGACGCUUCGGCGUGGUCUACAAGGUGCAGGAACGCGAGCAGCCGGACCAACUGCUGGCCGCCAAGGUGAUCAAGUGCAUCAAGUCACAAGAUCGACAGAAGGUGCUCGAAGAGAUCUCCAUAAUGCGUUCCCUGCAGCAUCCCAAGCUCCUGCAGCUGGCCGCCUCCUUCGAGAGUCCCAGGGAGAUAGUCAUGGUGAUGGAGUACAUCACUGGCGGCGAACUGUUUGAGCGUGUGGUGGCCGAUGACUUCACAUUGACUGAGCUGGACUGCAUCCUUUUCCUGCGACAGGUGUGCGAUGGCGUGGCCUACAUGCACAGCCAGAGCGUGGUGCAUUUGGACCUGAAGCCGGAGAAUAUUAUGUGCCAUACGCGCACCAGCCACCAGAUCAAGAUCAUUGACUUUGGCCUGGCCCAGCGGCUGGACACGAAGGCUCCUGUACGCGUUCUCUUUGGAACCCCCGAGUUUAUACCGCCGGAGAUCAUCAGCUAUGAGCCCAUUGGCUUCAAGUCAGACAUGUGGAGCGUGGGCGUCAUCUGCUAUGUGCUACUCUCCGGCCUCUCACCUUUCAUGGGCGACAACGAUGUGGAGACCUUCUCGAAUAUCACACGAGCGGAUUACGACUACGAUGACGAGGCCUUUGACUGCGUUUCCCAGGAGGCCAAGGACUUUAUCUCGCAGCUUUUGGUGCACCGCAAGGAGGAGCGCCUGACCGCCCAACAGUGCCUGGAAUCCAAGUGGCUUAGCCAGCGACACGACGACAAUCUCAGCAACAACAAGAUCUGCACGGACAAGCUGAAGAAGUUCAUUAUCCGCAGAAAGUGGCAGAAAACUGGCAAUGCCAUUCGAGCUCUGGGACGCAUGGCCAACUUGUCAGUGUCGCGCCGGAACUCGGCCAUAGCCAUGGGAGCUUUAAGCAGUCCCAGGCCCUCUUUAUCGGGUUUGAGUAUGCUAAAUGCCAGUGCCUUAAGCAGUGGCAUGUCCUCCCAAAUGACUUCCCUCCACGAAGAAGAAGACGACUUCAGCGUGGAGAUGCCUUCGGUGGAGAAGCGCACAGUCCUGAAGCUGAGAGAUAAGUCACAGUGCAGCGAACGAAGUGACUCGGGAUACAGCGAAUGCUCUAACUGCAGCGGCGCCCAGGAGAACCUCUUGCUCUCCCUAGCCAAGUCCAAGUUGGAAGCCAUAGCCAAGGCUGGCAAUGUCUCUCAUACAGAGCAGUUGGACCCAGAACAUCCUGUUGCUGUCACCCUGGAGCUGCCCACCAAUAGCAAGGGUGAGGCCAUCAUGCGCUCGGACUUUACCAACACCAUCAAGAUGCGGAAGAAGUCUCUCGAGGAUAGUGCUGCUCGGGAGAAACCAAAGUCCAAGACCCAGGUCAAGCCUCUGUGUGAGUCCAAGCUGAAGGUGUCGCAGCUGAAGGAUAGGUUCCAGGUUCCCACUGCUCCUGCUCCCGCUGCAUCCGCCGCUGCUGCUGCUGCUGCUGCUAACAAACCUCCGCUUGCCUUUGAGUCCUUCAAGAUAGCCAAGGUGGCGAGCGUGGGACGCAUCAGUAGAACAGAGGACUCGGAAAAAUCGAAACGUGGAACCCUUAGUAGUGGAUCCUCCGCUAAAGCCAAGCCGGCUCAGGUGCGAUCCAUGCCCAGCUCACCGCUGCCACAGCGAUCAGCCACGCCGACGCGGCUGAUGAGCCAACGUGUCCGUGAGGCGGCCGAGCGUCUUGCCCAACAGCACACGGUGGCCAGUGCUCAGCGGCAGUUCAGCAAUGGUAGCAACGGAAAUGGGAACACGAAGACAACGGAGACGAAUCGCGAGUCACGUGCGCGACGGCUCAUCAACAGAUUCAACAACAACAACAACGAAACGCAGCAUAUCACGUCCUAGUUUAUAACUUUAUUACAAAUAUAUAGCAGAUAUAGCAUUGUUUAAGCAAAGACCCCAGGAGAAACUCAACUCUACGACACUCGAAUAUGAAGCGAAUGCGAGAUGCGACUGCGAAGCGACUGCGGUUUGGAGCGCACCCAGAAUCCAGCACCCGCACCCGCACCCACUCACAGUACGCCGCCCCCGCCCCCUCUCCCUCCCGUCGGAGGCCCUGUACUUAGGCUAGGAGGAAGCUAAGUGUUUAAAUUAUUAUAUCGAUUUAUAUACUUAUUUACCGUACUAAUUAAAGUUAAUGAUAACGAAAUCUGUGUGUGUGCGGGAGG